CAGAUCCACUUGGAAAAGGAAUGUUGGAGGUGGCCGGCCAUCAAAAAGCCGGGAGCACUGCUACAUACCGGCUGACACAGGGCAACCGGGAGAAAUGCGAAAAAUGGUUCGGAUCGUCGUGCGCUGCUGGCCUCGCUCCGCUUACCCGCUCUGGGAGUCGUGUACUUAAGGGCUGCGCCAGUGCCAGUCUGUUCCGUAAGCCAUGAUGGAUUGAAGAACCAUCCCAACCUGGCCGCCAGCUACAAACGAUUCUUACCGUCAUCCAGCACAACUCUUCUCAUAUUUGUUCUAGCUUGAUUCUCUUCACCUUCCACAAGACCGUAAACAAAAUGCUCAGCGAGUGGCAGAAGUUGUUCCCCGCCGUCCUGGCCGUGCUCGCUGCCGGAUGCGCCGACGCGCAAAAGGCCGAGUUUCCCCUGAGGGCCAUGCCCAUCGGCGCGUCCAUCACCGCCGGCUUCUCGGCAGGGAAGCUCACGGAUGGGUACAGGGAGCCGCUACUCGAGAGGCUCGUCGCGGACGGCUGGCAGCUGCACUACGUGGGCACCCAGAGGAGCGGCAACAGCGCCGAGAACCACCACGAAGGAUACCCCGGCAUCCGCACUCAGCCGCUGGCGAACCAGACGCGCGCCAAGGGCGUCAUCGACCAGUUCAAGCCGAACCUGCUGCUGCUCAACGUCGGCACCAACGACUGCACGGCGCGCUUGACGCGCGAGGAGGCCCGGCGCAUCCACAGCGACAUGAUCGACGCCGUCUUCGGGCCGGCCUACGCGGGGGACGCGGCGACGGCCCCGCUGCUCAUCACGUCGACGCUGCUGCCGCGCCGCGAGAGCGACCAGGCGCUGCAGGACUGCACGCGCUACUUCAACGAGGAGAUCAGGGACCUGGCGCGCACCCACCCGCGCAGCGCCCAGAUCGCGCUCGCGGACAUGAAUAACGGCAGCUUCAUCACCGUCGACGACCUCGCGCCCGGCGACAACCUGCACCCCAGCGCAGAGGGCUACGCCAAGAUGGCGGCCGUGUGGUACGAGGCGCUGAACGCCAACCUGGACAAGCUUCACGCGCCUGUUUCUGUUUAAGGGAGCAAGCAAAAAGACAUUGUACACAGGGAGGAUAUGGAAAGGAAAAAGGGAAAAACACGCACUGGUGGGAACUCUCUUGGUUUUGCAAAAUGCUGUGCGCACGCACGGCUCUGAUAUCAUGUUUUGAUAUAUACACGUCGCCCCAGAAAUGAGGCUAGAGCUCAAGGAAUAGAUGUACACAUGACAGAAAUAUUUACAGAAGAAAGAAAGAUGCAUACU